CAUUUCCUUAAUCUUGGAAAUGGCUAACAAAAAUGAACCUGUCCAUGAUAAAAUGUGACUACUGAAGAGAAAAAAACAUCAGUUUCGACAUAUUCUUAAUAACCGGAAGAGCCAAAUCUCAGGAAGCAGGAAAACAUGGGGUCUGCUGCGCACACAGUGUGUGUGCUCCUGUGUUUUUGGGUCUCAGGAUCAUGCUACACACUCCAGACCGUGGGCCCAUGUACGGUCAACAGAGAGACGGCUGCAUUUGACUGCAGUGGGAAAACACUUACGUCGGUACCACAGCACAUCUGGAUGAAUGUGACCGAGUUGGACCUGUCCGACAAUCUGUUAGACUUAACCCACAGUGACAGCUUCAAGCGCUUGAACCUCUUCAACCACUUGCUCAAACUGAACCUAUCAGGCAACUACCUCCCCCUACUGUUAAAAGAACAUCUUUACAGCCUUUCUUCUCUUGAGGUACUAGAUCUGAGUAGGUGCAAACUGGCCGCAGGGGAGGCAAACGCUCUGACCAGCCUCUCCAGUUUACAGAUGCUCUUCCUGGGGAACAUUCCAUCUGCUGCAGUUCAAGACCUGAGACUGAACCAGUUUGUUCAACUCGGAGGAGAACUGAAUAACAGACAGGAAGUGGGAAACAGAGUGAUGAUGAUCAGACACUCAAAACACAUGACACUGGAUCACCACAAUGAUGGAUAUUCUAAGGAUGUCAACCGUGGAGCCUUCCUCCGUAAACUACUCGCAGCGGAAACAACCUCAAACAUUACAAUUAAUGGCUCAAAUGCCAUUGAUGAUCCCAAACCCUCUUCAGAGAGCUGGAAGGUCCUUGUGGCUGUUCUGGUGUCAGCUAUCACCCUCUCCGUUCUUAUCGCUGUGAUGGCUAAAUGCAAAGUCGUGCACAAGUAUCUGGCAAGCUACAGACACUCCAGGCUCAGCGAAGUAGAUGGCACGAGUCAGUGUGACCCUGCCAACUUUGAGGUGGGAUUCUCGACCCACGGUGGCCCAGGGACUCGCGCAGCUGCACAUACUGAUGACAUCGAAGAGGAUGACGAUGGGUUUAUUGAAGAUAACUACAUUCAAGCAAGUGAGAGUGAGAGAGCCACAAGAGCAGCAGCACUGACUGAUGAUGAUGAUGAGGAGGAGGAAAUUGAAUUUAGUAUUGGUUAGCCACAUUAAGUCUAAUCUUAUUUUCGUAAACUAUUCAUUGAAUGAUUAAUUGAGAAAAUUAAUACAGUGUCCCCAUUAAUAUUUGAACACUUAAGCCACAUUAAAAGACGUAUGACUC